CGCCGUGAGCCUCACAUCGCGGUGCCGCGGCAUGGUGGCCGCGUCGGGCGGGUAGCAGCGUGCAGCGUGCGUGCAGACCACACGAGCGGAGCAGCGUCGCGCCGAGCCCAGCCGGAACCCAGCGGAGCCGGGCUAGCCAUGGCGUCGACCGCGGUGGUGGCCGACCCCCUGCGCCGUCCCCUGAGACGCGACUUCCGCGAGAGCCGCGUGUACAACCCCACCGUCGUGCCCAAGAACGCGCCUCUCGCCUCCACCGAGUCCCUCGGCGACGCCGCCCUCUGCAGCAGGGUGGCCGCCACGUCCUGCCGCACGGCCUGCCCCACCGCCGGCUCGGACUCGGGCCGCUGCAGCCCCAGCGACUCGUCCACCGUGCUGGACAUGACGCCGUCCUCGUGCGCCUGGACGGCGUGCGCCUCUGGCACCUGCCCGUCGUCGUCCGGCGUGGACACGGCGUCCUCCUCGGGAGGGUCCGCGCCGGCGCCCUCCAUCGCGGAGGCCGAGGACCGCGAUCUCAUGACCCUGCCCUGCACGCCCCAGCCCGGCGACGACGGCGUGGACGACCCGGACGGCUGGGGCGUCAAGUCCGCCGUGGACGAGCCCGUCAACCUAGCCUUCGAGAACAUCAGAUACACGGUGCACACGCGCGUGCGGCUGCGGAGAGAAGCCCGGCGCAUCCUGCACGGCGUCUCCGGCGAGUUCCGCGCGGGCCAGCUCACCGCCAUCAUGGGCCCGUCGGGCGCCGGCAAGUCCACCCUGCUAGACGUGCUGUCCGGCUACACGUGCUGGGGGGUGCGCGGCCGCCUGCUCGUCAACGGGGCGCCUCGCGACACGCGGACGUUCCAGCGGCAAAGCGUCUACAUCCAGCAGGACGCGGCGCUGCACCCGCAGCUCACCGUCAAGGAGGCCAUGAACGUGGCCGCCGUCCUCAAGCUGGGCCGGCGCGGGCCCGAGGUCCAGAAGACGAUCGUUGAGACCCUCGAGUCCCUAGGACUGCUCAGCCACAUCGACACCAUGACGGCCAGCUUGUCCGGCGGGCAGCUCAAGCGGCUCGCCACGGCCCUGGAGCUGCUCAGCAACCCUCCGAUCAUGUUCUUCGACGAGCCCACCAGCGGUUUGGACUCGUCCACCACGAAGCAGUGCGUGGGCGUGCUGCGACGGCUGGCGCGCCAGGGCCGCACCGUGGUGUGCACCAUCCACACACCCUCCGCCUUGGUGUUCGGGCUGCUGGACCAGCUGUACCUGCUGAUGGACGGCCGCUGCGCCUACAACGGCCACACCGCCAACCUGCUGCCCUACCUGGCCAGCCUGGGGCUGCGCUGCCCGCCCUACCACAACCCCGCGGACUUCGCGCUCGAGGUGACCAGCGGCGACUACGGCGACCACACCGCCGCGCUGGUGCAGGCCAGCGACAACGGGCGCAGCCAGCUGUGGGGGCACACCAGCAACACGCACUCGGCCGAGGGGGCGCUGGGCCUGGCGCGGCGGGGCGCGGGCCGGGCAGGCGACGCCGACUGCGAGAGCACGGUGUCCAGGAUGUCCAGGCAGAGCAGCGAGACGGCUUCGGCCUCCGUGACGCCGUCCGAGGGAGGCCGAGGCCGGUGCCGCAGGGGCCGCUUCAACCAAGUGUACCCCACCACCUUCUGGAUGCAGCUGUACAUGCUCAUCAGGCGCACCAUCAAGCGCGGGCUGCGCGACCGGAUGCUGUGCCACUCCCGGUUCUACAUCCACCUGGUGGCCGGCCUCCUCAUCGGCGCGCUGUUCCUGGACAUCGGCGGCGACGCGGCGCACGUCUUCCACAACUUCAGCCUGCUCUUCUUCUCCCUCAUGUUCCUCAUGUUCACCGCCUUCUCCGCCAUGAUCCUUGCCUUCCCCCUGGAGAUGCCCAUCAUAGCGAGGGAGCACUUCAACCGCUGGUACUCGCUCAAGUCGUACUUCCUGGCCGUGACCAUCGCGGACGUGCCGCUGCAGGGGCUGUGCACGUGCGUGUACACCGUCAUCAUGUACUACAUGACGUCGCAGCCCCUGGAGCCCGCCCGCUUCAUCCAGUACCUGCUCAUCUGCGCCCUCGUCUCGUACACGGCGCAGAGCAUCGGGCUGGUGGUGGGCGCCGCCAUGAAGGUCGAGCACGGCGUGGUGUUCGGGCCGCUGGCCAUCCUGCCCUUCACCAUCUUCUCGGGCUACUUCGUGCUGAUGAAGGACGCGCCCAGCUACAUGCAGUGGCUGUUCCACGCGUCCUACCUCAAGUACGGCCUGUCGGGCUGCAUGCUGGCGGUGUACGGCUACGGGCGCGCGCCGCUGUCGCAGUGCUCCGACGACUACUGCCACUUCAAGCGGCCGGAGAAGUUCCUGGCGGAGACCAACCUGGACGGCGGCAACUACUGGCUGGACGCCGUCGUGCUCUUCGUGAUCGGCUCGGCGCUCCGGCUGGCCGCCUACUUCGUGCUCAAGCUCCGGCUGCGCCAGUUCCGGCAGUGAGCUUCUCGCGCCGCGCCGCCUGAGGACGCUGUCCCCCCGUGCCAUGGUGACGGCCCUCACGGUGGCGGAGCAAAGACCAGCAGCCUCAUUCCGAGCCCUGCUUUCGGCGCUGACUCUCUCGCCGCCCCACGGGACGCCCCAGGAGUGCGAGAGGGACAGAGCGGCGAGAGCGGUGCUCGGAAUCAGCCUGCAGGAAGGCCUCUCCCAGAGGGAAGUCCCUGCCUCCCAUAUCAUUUCUCGGCUCCCUUUCUUUGCAUCAAAGAGAGCGGACCCAUUUUGCAUCGGAUCAAAUUAUUUGUAAGUUAGUGGAUACCUUGGCUGUGCUAGCUUGUGCCGAAUCGCCUUGUCGUCUUCCCGCGCGCGUGUUGGACGGCGCGCGAAGAGGAUCGGACGAGUGUAGUUUUUAAGACAGACAGUGCCGACAACACGACGCGCUUGCUUUUUCUGAAGGAUCUCGCGGCCUAAUGCCUGGCGCGCCCAGUGUCUCGCUCUCACUCCUCAUCGCGCGUGGCGGUCACCUAGUCUUCUGGAGGUGCUGUUGUGUUGUUUCUUUUUGUUUUUUGUUCUUUUUUUGUGCCGUACAGGUUGGCGCACGUGCCGCGGCUUUCCGCGCGUGCCAAACUUGUUUUCGUUUUGUAAUUUCCUUACUUUUAUUGUGAUACUUACUCGGUAGCUGAAGCGCGCCGUGUUGGACAUGAGAGAUAUGUGUAUUUUUGUAUUUAACGAUGCUGCCUUAAUGUGUUGAAGUCGUGCGCGCGCUGUCCGACUGUCCGCGUAGCGACGCGCACGAGGUAAUAUUCUUAAGUUUGUUCAUUCCCAAACCAAAGAUGUUUGUUAGCACGAAGACAAAAGUACUAUUGAGUAGGACUCCAGGAUGGGGGUGUCUUACAUUUCAGCCAAAAUAAAUCAAUUUAUAUGCCAGCCGCUGAAGUACACCACUUUUUGUACGAUUCCAGAUUUGCCUGACUAGUUUACAUAUUUUUAAAAAUAAACUGCAGGUUUGGUUUGUUAUACCAACUAAUGUGUCAACUGAGAGUUUACUGUAAAGUAUUAUUAUAAGUAUUGUUACAACAAUCAUGUAUAAAGCGAUAUUUAGAGAGAAAUUUAAGUAUUGUUAUAAAUAUUGUUAAGUGCCAGAUGAA